AUACUAAUUAAGAUUUAAGAGCAAGAAUGUUCCUUUUUCUAAAAUAAUAUUUCAGCCAAUUUGCACCAAAUAGAAGUCUAUAAAUUUGGUCUCGUUUUGGAUAAGCAACAACACAUACACUUGCAAGAGCCAAAAAGUAUCUAGCUGAUCACGAGUGUUCUUUAUUUUCAAAAUGAACACAUUCGGCUCUUUUGUUUUUGUGAUUGUGGUGGUGCUGGGACUUUUUGAAUCAGGCCAUGCAGAUCUGCAGAUGGGAUUUUACUCCAAAAGUUGCCCCAAAGCUGAGAAGAUUGUCCAAGAUUAUGUCAAUAAGCACAUUCCCAAUGCUCCGUCUCUCCCUGCAGCCUUGAUAAGAUUGCAUUUUCAUGAUUGUUUUGUGAGGGGUUGCGAUGCAUCUAUAUUACUGAAUUCUACUUCUAGUACUGGAAAUCAAACAGAGAAGUUUGCUAUUCCAAACCUAACAGUUAGAGGAUUCGGCUUUAUUGAUGGUGUGAAGAGCCUACUUGAGAAAGAAUGCCCUGGAAUCGUCUCGUGUGCAGACAUUAUUACCUUGGUUGCAAGAGAUUCCAUAGUUGCCACUGGAGGGCCUUCUUGGAAAGUUCCCACUGGACGAAGAGAUGGUCUGAUCUCAAAUGGCACGGAAACCUUAGGCCCCAUUCCAGCUCCAACUUCAAAUCUUUCCACCUUGCAAACAGAUUUUUCUAGGCAAGGCCUUGACCUCAAAGAUUUAGUGGUUUUAUCUGGUGCUCAUACAGUUGGUUUCGGCCAUUGUUCAUCAUUCUCAGCCCGUCUGUACAACUUCAAUGGAACAGGAAAUCCAGAUCCAUCAUUCGACAGUGAGUACGUAGCGAAUUUAAAGGCCAGAAAAUGUAAAUCAGCCAACGACACCACCACAAGGGUAGAGAUGGACCCGGGAAGUGUUCGGACGUUUGAUCUUAGCUACUACACUCUUUUACUUAAAAGAAGAGGCCUGUUUCAGUCUGAUGCAGCUUUAACAACAAGCUCAACAACAAAAGCACUCAUAACUCAACUUCUUCAGGGUUCGAUCGAGAAUUUCUAUGCUGAAUUUGCAAAAUCCAUGGAGAAAAUGGGCCAGAUUGGGGUACUCACAGGAUCUUCUGGGGAAGUUAGGAAAAACUGUGCAUUCGUGAAUUAGUACAAACUCUGUUUUGCAUGAUUGUUCUAAUAUUUUCCGUGCGAUGCUAGUGAAAUAAUCAUCUGUUAUUGUAAUUGUAGACGGGAUCGCAGGAAUAAUUAAGUCACCUUAUGAUGUUGGGAUAUUUUUUAGCGUGCACUCAAUAAUCAAUUCGUGUAAUUACUCUUGAAGGCAGGUUAAAGUGUAUAUAGCAUAUGUUCCUACUUGUUGCACCAUGCAGCUGUAAAGAAGAGUGCUUGGUGCUCUCGAUGAUUAUUGUAUUUUCUUACCCGCA